AUGGCUGGCGGUGGUAAAGGAAAGACAGGUGGCAAGACAGGAGGAAAGGGCGAUGCGCAAGUCAAGACUCCCAAGUCGCACUCCGCCAAAGCCGGCCUUCAAUUCCCUUGCGGUCGCAUAAAGCGCCAUCUCCGAAACCUCACGCGACAGAAGACGCGCAUCGGCGCCAAAGCCAGCAUCUACCUGACCGCCGUUCUCGAAUACCUGACCGCCGAAGUUCUCGAACUCGCAGGCAACGCUGCCAAGGACUUGAAGGUCAAGCGCAUCACGCCACGCCAUCUCCAGCUCGCCAUCAGAGGUGACGAGGAACUCGACACACUCAUCCGUGCUACCAUUGCCUUCGGAGGUGUUUUGCCGCACAUCAACCGCGCAUUGCUACUCAAGGUGGAGCAAAAGAAGAAGGGCGGUGCCGCAAAGGCUGGCGAGGUAUAG